CAGGAUGCCAGGCCUAGCGCGUUUGGGGAUCUUCUCUGGACAAGGCCACAGAGUGAAAACACCAGAGUCCAGACCUAGGUGAGCUUUCUGGAUCAAUCUCAUUCUGGACGAGCUUCUGGAUCCUAUGGACUCCGUGACCAACCAACCGAGUUGCUGCUUGUAAACAUCUGCUUCCAUUGAAGGCUUCCUGCAGCCCACCAGCUCUCUGGAACUUUCUGGAGCCAAACCUUUUCCAGACUGCUUCCAAGUGCCAUUUGGCUUGCGGAUGGAGGUGCGGUCUGCAGGCUGUGGCAGGGCUCCCAGGGCCAUGUAAACCCAGCCCUUUGGACUCCCCUGUCCAAUCCUGAUAAAGCCUGAACUCUCCCUGCCGCACCUGCAGGGGCAUUUGACCAGGACUCACGGAAGACAGCUGUGAAGUAUUUGACCAUGCCCAAGGAGCUGUGUCGGUUCCAGACAUCUCUGGGCCCUUACUCUGGACCAGGGCUGGGGACCCAGAGGUGGAUCCAAUUCAGCCCAAUUGUGGGGACCACGUUUGGCAAAGGAGAGAGAUUCAUGUUCUGGAGCUGUUAGCCCUGAGCCUUGAAUGGCUCUUCCAAGAGGCAUCCAUUGCCAGGGCCAUGCCUUCAGUGCACAGAAGGGGAAACUGAGGCAGCCCGCCAAAAGAUGUUACUUGCCAAGGUCACAUGGCAAGUCAGUGCAUUGUGACACUAGGACCCAGAAACUUGCCUGUCGGCCCAAGCUCUUCCUUUGCACCUUUUCUCAGGGCCAGCCUUUGAGAAGUACACAGGGGUUGCUGCUGUGUGCCAGCGCCUGCUGGGACCCACCUCUGCUAGGUGUUGACCGUGUUGCCUGAACUGCUCCGUACUCUCCACUAGGCCUCAGUCACUUCCAGGCAGAUGAUCUGUCAGGGGGCCGCACUCCAGCUGUGAGUCUGGAAUUCUCUGAAGUGGGGUAUCUUGCCAGGCUACGGAGUCUCCCUGCGGUGGUCUGUGGGACACUUCUGGGGUAUGUUUUCUUCCUCUCACCAGACUGAAGCUAAGGAAUAUGGAGUUGCUUCAGCCACAGGCUAAGGAUGACCAGGGGGCUGUUUUAAACCCCUUGGCACCCAUCGGCUCUCUCCAAUGACUCCUGCCAGGUGCUUCAGACCGCCUGAACCCUCAUCCUGUCGCUUCCCUCAGCUGAACACAUUCGGACGCCUGGGUCCCUGCACCCCCUUUCAGGUCUUCCUAACGCAGAGCCUGCCUCUCGCCUCAGCUGCCUCCAGCCCUGGCCCCCUCCGCAGCCUCAGUUCUCCCCCUCCCUCCGGGCCCCCUCCCGCUCUCCUUCUACGUCAUGGGAUGACGUCGGGAGCCAGGGAGGGAGGAGGAGCGCCCCCCCUCCCCAGCCAGCGGCUCCCGCUGCAGCUUGCUUAGUCCAACCUCCCGCUUUCCCGCCCCCUUUCUCUGAAACGAGCCCCCCACGCCUGGAAGGAGCUAUAUAAGGCGGAACGAGGCAGGCGAGGGGGGCAGCGCAGCCGAGCGGAGCCCAGGAGAGGAGAGGAGAGAGAGAGCCUGAGUGAGAGACGGGAAAGCAAGGAGGAGGAAGCCACCGGCGCGUCGGGACAGGAACGCAGGUGUUCGGAGAGCCGGAGCUGGAGCUCCACAGCCGCUAGUCAUGUACCGCUCCACCAAGGGCGCCUCCAAGGCGCGCCGCGACCAGAUCAACGCUGAGAUCCGGAACCUCAAGGAGCUGCUGCCGCUGGCCGAAGCGGACAAGGUCCGGUUGUCCUACCUGCACAUUAUGAGUCUUGCCUGCAUCUACACUCGCAAGGGCGUCUUCUUCGCUGGAGGCACUCCUCCGGCGGGCCCCACAGGGCUUCUCUCAGCUCAAGAGCUUGAAGACAUAGUGGCAGCACUACCUGGCUUUCUGCUUGUGUUCACGGCUGAGGGGAAGCUGCUGUAUCUGUCUGAGAGUGUGAGCGAACAUCUGGGCCACUCCAUGGUGGACCUGGUUGCCCAGGGUGACAGUAUCUACGAUAUCAUUGACCCAGCUGACCACCUAACUGUGCGCCAGCAACUUACUCUGCCCUCUGCCCUGGAAACCGAUCGCCUCUUCCGCUGUCGCUUCAACACCUCCAAGUCCCUCAGGCGCCAGAGUGCAGGCAACAAACUGGUGCUUAUUCGAGGCCGAUUCCAUGCUCACCCACCUGGAGCCUACUGGGCGGGAAACCCUGUGUUCACAGCUUUCUGUGCUCCGCUGGAGCCAAGACCCCGCCCUGGCCCUGGUCUUGCCUCACUCUUCUUGGCCAUGUUCCAGAGCCGUCAUGCUAAGGACCUGGCCCUACUGGACAUCUCCGAGAGUGUCCUAAUCUACCUGGGCUUUGAGCGCAGUGAACUGCUCUGUAAGUCAUGGUAUGGACUGCUGCACCCUGAGGACCUGGGCCACGCUUCUGCUCAGCACUACCGCCUGUUGGCUGAGAGUGGAGAUGUUCAGGCAGAAAUGGUGGUGAGAUUGCAGGCCAAGCCUGGAGGCUGGACAUGGAUUUACUGCCUGUUCUACUCAGAAGGUCCGGAAGGCCCCAUUACCGCCAACAAUUACCCAAUCAGUGACACAGAGGCCUGGAGCCUCCGUCAACAGCUAAACUCUGAAGACACCCAGGCAGCCUAUGUCCUGGGCACCCCGACCAUGCUCCCCUCAUUCCCUGAGAAUGUCCUCUCCCAGGAGCAGUGCUCCAGCCCUAACCCACUCUUCACCCCAGCCUUGGGGGCUCCCAGAAGCACCAACUUCCCCGGUGCUCCUGAGCUGGGUGCUGUCUCGUCAGAAGAACUUCCCCGGCCUCCCAAAGAGCUGGGCUUCAGUUACCUGACAUUCCCGUCUGGCCCUGCACCUUCUCUUCAAGCCGACCUGAGCAAGGAUAUUGUGUGCACGCCACCCUACACGCCCCACCAGCCGGGAGGUUGUGCCUUCCUCUUCAGUCUCCAGGAGCCCUUCCAGACCCACUUGCCCACUCCAUCCAGCUCUCUUCAAGAACAGCUGACUCCAAGCACCAUGAGCUUCUCCGAUCAAUUGACACCGAGCAGUGCAACCUUCCCAGAUCCACUGACUAGCUCCCUACAAGGCCAGCUGGCCGAAACAUCAGCCAGAAGCUAUGAAGAUCCGUUGACUUCCUGCACCUCCAACUUCCCAGACCAGCUGCUUCCUGGCACUGCCACCUUCCCAGAGCCUCUGGGCAGCCCUGCCCAGGAGCAGCUGACUCCUCACAGUACAGCCUUCCAAGUACACCUGAACAGCCCCAGCCAAACUUUCCCAGAACAACUGAGCCCCAACCCCACCAAGACUUACUUUGCCCAGGAGGGAUGCAGUUUUCUCUAUGAGAAAUUGCCCCCAAGUCCUAACAGCCCUGGUAAUGGGGACUGCACGCUCCUGGCUCUAGCCCAGCUCCGGGGCCCCCUGUCUGUGGAUGUCCCCCUGGUGCCCGAAGGCCUGCUCACACCCGAGGCCUCUCCAGUCAAGCAGAGUUUCUUCCACUACUCAGAGAAGGAGCAGAACGAGAUAGACCGCCUCAUUCAGCAGAUCAGCCAGCUGGCUCAGGGCAUGGACAGGCCCUUCUCGGCUGAGGCUGGCACGGGUGGGCUGGAGCCACUUGGGGGGCUGGAGCCCCUGAACUCCAACCUGUCCCUGUCAGGGGCUGGGCCCCCUGUGCUCAGCCUGGACCUGAAACCCUGGAAAUGCCAGGAGCUGGAUUUCCUGGCUGACCCUGAUAACAUGUUGCUGGAAGAGACGCCCGUGGAAGACAUCUUCAUGGAUCUCUCUACCCCAGACCCCAAUGGGGAAUGGAGUUCAGGGGAUCCUGAGGCAACAGUCCCAGGAGGGGCCCUGUCGCCUUGCAACAACCUGUCCCCAGAAGACCACAGCUUCCUGGAGGACCUGGCCACAUAUGAAACCGCCUUUGAGACAGGUGUCUCAGCGUUCCCCUACGAUGGGUUUACUGAUGAGUUGCAUCAACUCCGGAGCCAAGUUCAAGACAGCUUCCAUGAAGAUGGAAGUGGAGGGGAACCAACGUUUUGAAUAAGUCUGUGACUUAACGUCGUCAAGUAUGGCAUAUUGUCAUCAAGACGUGGAGCUGCUCUCCACCCCCCCGGGACUGUUGGGGGAUUCUAGGGGCUGGAGGGGGAUAUAUCUGAUUCCCCAGGCCCUGCAGGAUUGUGGGGGGAGGUGGGAGGGUAAGGGAGGGGAGCUACUUUUUAAAAUUCAGAGACUUCCAGCGAUCCCACUUUCCAUUUCAAUCUGUAUUCACUCGUAGUGAGUUUCCUUGAACGGGAUUUCAAGCGGAGAAUGGGGGAGUCUCACUUCCCCCCCACCCCGCGCUGCCCCAUGGGCCUGGGCCAGUUUUCCACUGCUGGGGGCCAAGCCACCCCUGGGCCUUGGUGGAGGAAAGGCAGCGCCCACCCAGGGCCAGCCUGUGCCCUGAGGGGCUCUUGACACUCACGUAGAAUUCUCUACACACCAGUAACGGGAUUUCAAUUCCGAUGGACUCUGCCGCCCUGGCGGCCCUUCUUGUGACUUUUGCGCCCUGCGCCUGGGGUGGGGGGCGCGAAGAGACGCUACGUUCCUUUCCGAUGGAGGAAGGCAGACCUGCCGCUGUCACACGUGUGCUUGCACGAGUGCGUGUACCUGGUGCGGGACUCACCCGGCUGCCAGACUGCCUGGGCCUGCCCAGGUGGCCACCUCGUGGUGCUGCGGUGACUUUGUAGCCAACUUUAUAAUAAAGUCCAGUUUGCCUUUUUGGUA